UGUGAGAGGAGGAGAAGAGAUGAAAGGAUCAGAUUUGACACAUCAAAGAGAAAGACCAGACUCAGAGGAACCAGAGCCAGGGACGUCCAAACUAGCAAGACGACACCACUGCUCCCACUGUGGAAAAAAUUGUAACCGGUUAUGGGACCUGAAACAACAUGAGAAAAUGCACACAGGGGAGAAGCCUUACCACUGUUCCCAAUGUGGAAAGUGUUUCGUCUGUUCGGGGGAGCUGAAACAACAUGAGAGAAUACACACAGGAGAGAAGCCUUACCACUGCUCCCAAUGUGGAAAGAGUUUCAACCAGAAAGCAAACCUGAAAGCUCAUGAGAGAAUACACACAGGAGAGAAGCCUUACCACUGCUCCCAAUGUGGAAUGUGUUUCAACCAUAAAGCAAACCUGAAAGCUCACGAGAGAAUACACACAGGAGAGAAGCCUUACCACUGCUCCCAAUGUGGAAGGUGUUUCAACCAGUCGUGGGCGCUGAAACAACACGAGAGAAUACACACAGGAGAGAAGCCUUACCACUGCUCCCAAUGUGGAAAGUGUUUCAACCAGAAAGCAAACCUGAAAGCUCACGAGAGAAUGCACACAGGAGAGAAGCCUUACCACUGCUCCCAAUGUGGAAGGUGUUUCAACCAGUUGUGGGCGCUGAAACAACACGAGAGAAUACACACGGGAGAGAAGCCUUACCACUGCUCCCAAUGUGGAAAGUGUUUCAUCCAUUCAGGGGAUCUGAAACGACAUGAGAGAAUACACACACGAGAGAAGCCUUACCACUGCUCCCAAUGUGGAAUGUGUUUCAACCAGAGAGUAAACCUGGAAGCUCAUGAGAGAAUACACACAGGAGAGAAGCCUUACCACUGCUCCCAGUGUGGAAAGAGUUUCAACCGGAAAGCAAACCUGAAAGCUCAUGAGAGAAGACACACAGGAGAGAAGCCUUACCACUGCUCCCAAUGUGGAAAGUGUUUCAACCGGUCGGAGGAGCUGAAACGACAUAAGAGAAUACACACAGGAGAGAAGCAUUACCACUGCUCCCAAUGUGGAAAGUGUUUCAACCAGUCGGGGGAGCUGAAACAACAUGAGAGAAUACACACAGGAGAGAAGCCUUACCACUGCUCCCAAUGUGGAAAGUGUUUCAUCCAUUCAGGGGAUCUGAAACGACAUGAGAGAAUACACACAGGAGAGAAGCCUUACCACUGCUCCCAAUGUGGAAAGUGUUUCAACCAGAGAGGAAACCUGAAAAAGCAUGAGAAUACACACAGGGCAGAAGCCUUACCACUCCGCCCAGGUUGCAAAGCUUUUGCCCAUUAAGGAAGCCUGAAAGAACACAUUAGACUGCACACAGCGGAGAAGGCUUAGAAAAGCUCAGACUGUGGGAAAACAUAUUACUCAUAAGUCACUUAAACGUCAUUAGAGAAUAGAGAAAUUACUUCUCUUAGCGUGUAUAUUGAUAUUUCACAUCACAUUGACUUCAAAUUCAUCAGAGAACAUACACAGUGCUCCCGUUGUCUUAUAUUGUUGACUGACAAUAUGUUUACCUGUCUUUACCAUAUGAAAUUAAAUGGUACAGGGUAUACUCAAACAUAUAUUUGUUUGUUUCUAUUAGAAGACAUGAAGUGAAUAUGGAGUCUGUCAGUUUGAAUAUAAAGAAGAUCAGGUUCCUUCUUUUAAACGGUCCUUUUUUAAACUCUUUGUGUGUUUAUCUGGGUGUGUCAUUCCUCCAGCACUACAGAUAAUCAAGUGAUAUUUGGAUGUGAUGCAUUAGUUCCAUUGUUGACAUUUGCAUUGUAGCCCACUGAUGAUUUAAUGAAAUGAAAAUGUUCAGACUCUGUAAUGGAAAAUGUUAAUUGUUUGUGUGUCCACAUAACUGAGUAUGUGACUAACCUUGUGAAACUGUCCUAUUAUAAGCUCCUGUUCUUGGGAGUAUCAUCCUGUGUUGCAAACCAAUUUGUACAUGUGUCCUUGUAUGAAUAAAGUCCCUCCCAAGAACAGGAAACUAUAAAGAUAUGUGCUAAUCACUCAAUGCUUCAGGAAUUCAGACUGUCUACACUGCGCUGUGUAACUCUGUUAUUCUCUCUGAGCUCAGAAAUAAAGAAUCUUGGUUUGA